AUGGACUCAUCGAUAUCGUCUAAUAUUAAUAAUUUUCAGGAAAGCUAUGAUCAAUCUUCAAAUCCAUCUAGACUUAAUAAAUCUGAGAAACCAUCAACCACAACCGAUUCAAUAUCAUCAUUAGCAUCAACAACAAGAAAAAAUAAUUCAAUAUCAUUAUCAACAACAUCAGCUAAAAACAGUUCAGUAUCUGUAUCACCAAUAACAAAUUCCUUAGGUUAG